GACUGCAUCUGGACCAGCCAAGUGACUUUCCUUACAGCUUUACUGACAUUGCAGCAAAUACCAUGUCAUCUUCAGCUGGAUCAAGCAGUCCCAUACCAUCUGGAGGGAGUGUGUGUACAUCAUUUCCAGAACUCUUGAUGUUAGGUGAAUUUGUUUUUGGUGGCCUAGUCUGGAUCCUUGUGGCUUCAGCUCGUGUUUCAUUCGCUGGUGAUCAAGGCUGGGUGAUGUUCGUUUCAGUCUUCUGCUUUGUUAUAACCACGUUGCUGCUCAUCCUGUACACAGCUGGAGUUCAGAACAGUUCCUCUGCGUGGACUGCGGUGGAUGUUUUCUACCACUUCAUUGCAGCUGUGUUUUAUUUGAGUAUUGCUGUUUUGGAGGCCAGUGACACAAGGUUUAUUCUAAUCGAAAAGGAUCAAAAGAAUUACAGAAUCAAUAUUGCUGCCACAGUGUUUGCAUUUGCGGCCACCUUACUGUAUACGACGCAUGCUAUAUGGUCGAUAGUGAGAUGGAAGAAAUCCUCAUGAACAAGAAGACAGGCAACACGUACCCCCAGAAGAUUUUACCGUCUUCCCAAAACUGUUGAUUUGUCCUUCCUUAUUAUUGUUUUAUAUCCAUCUUUAAUGCAACUGUGAUUACAGUGUUUAUAUAUAGCCAUGAAAGUACACAAUACAAUUGAUGCAUUGCAAAAAGUACCUGAUAUGUUCAGUUUGAGUGACAUAUCCUUUUGGUAUCUUGUUCCAUGUUAAUAAUACAUAUCUCAAUAAAGCAGAGGUACGAAUCAAGCCUUUCUGCACGGAGAUUUUAAAACGAUGUUCUAUGUUCUAUUUUCUAUCCCUCCCAAGUGUGUGCAUGAAAAUCCUCAAGAGUGCACACGGAAGAAAAUGCAACAAUUUACCUUACAGCCUCGUAUUUUGGAAAUGUUACAAUACAUACGGGUUAAGAUACUCGACCAGCAUGCAAACGCUGAAGCAAUUAAAAUGCUGAAAAAUGAAAAAAGUCUUGCAUCAGUAAUGGCUGGACAUUGUUAGAUUAACCAGAAAGCACCAUGACAUUCAGUAGGCCAGGCAACAUCAGUGGACAGAGAAACAGAGUAACUAUCUUGGGUCAUCGGAAUGGGCUGCAAUCCUAUUUGGUUCACUGGUAUCCUUCAUAGAAACAGACUCACUACCUUUAUCUGUUUUUUUUAGCGUGUCGCACCAGACAGCCGGCCAUUCUUGUCUGGCACGUGGUGUCAGGAUUGGUCUUCUUUCGGAUUAACCGGGUCACGAUAUGAAUGUUCCUGACUCAAUCCUUGUUUUUUCACAAGGCCGAGUGGCCAGCUCGACGCUCAACCCGGCACAGAUGGAAAGCGUGCUCGGGUGGGUGGCCCGACCUGGAUUCGAACUCGGGAGCCUUCGCUCCGGAGUCCGGCGCUGAUGCCAUUGGGCCACCAGUUUUACCUGGCACAACUAUAACUGCAGCCUAUGGACACAUACCACUGAAAUAUUCUAGCUGCCUUGAAGUGUUGAAGGCAACUAGGAACAGGCGACUAAUGCUGACCUUACCAUCGAUGCCUAUAUCCCAUGAAAACACGUUUUAAAGAAGCAUGAUAUAAUUCAUUUCUAGUGCUUGGAUAUAGUGUUAUAUUGAACUGAACUGAACUACAUUGAACACCCUUAGACUAUUUCGAUGACUUUGUGGUUCGGUGUUUUAUAUUCUGUGUUUUUCGCUCGUCUUUUGCAAUUUGAAUGACUUGUUCCUUCUUUUUUGCUUGCUGGUUUUUUGAUGUUUUCUUUGAAAGGGUUCCGUUGUGUUCCUUUGUUUUGUUGCUGUCUGUGGGAAGAGGAAUCUCAAGGUUGUAUUCUGCAUACGUACUUUGAUAAUAAAUGUACUUGGAAUCUUUGAACAUGAAUGUUGUUGCUGGAGGAAUUUUGGUCAGGACAGAUUGCACUCUCUUAAAAGUUCGAUUUGUCAGAUUUUCCACCCUUUGAUCUUAACUGGAUGGUGAGGCAGGGUUUGCCCUGGAGUAUAUAGAGACUUGUCUUCCUUAUUACCCUACCUACACAGAGGAAUCUGUCAUCCAGGGGUAAAGGAGGAGGAACCUCAAAUGAAUGGUAACUGAGGCCCAACACAAGCCUGAAGGACAGCUCCUCAUCUUUAACGCAGAAUAAUUCAAAUAAUAAGCAUACUUUUCAGUUUCUGAUAAUGCACUAUUUUUCUCUGUCCUUGGCUUUCGCCAUUGCCAAGGUGAGACCAAACACAAACUAGAACAUCGCCUUACAGUCCACAUUGAUAGCCUACACCCAGUUUCUGGUAGCCCAUGUCUCCUUUGUUCCCUUCUUACUCCCAGUGGUCCACCUGGAUUCACCCUCCCCUCACCCAAGCCUCCUGAUCUAGGUUCAGUAUCCUCUUCCAUCUAGUUCCGUCUGCCCUUCACCCAUACACCUAUCCACCUGCUGUCCUUCAAUCUGGGACCAGUCUUUUAUCCCUUCCCAAUCUAGCACCAUCUGCCUCUCAUCCCUCACCUCACCCGUUCUCAUCACCUCCUUCCUGUAUGCUCUCAGUUCCGAUGUAGGGUCUUGACAGAUUCUGCCUGACUCACUGAGUUAAUACAGUGGUUUGUUUCUCUUUGCUCCCAAUUUCAGACUCUCUUGUGUCUCCAGCUGGCAAAUCUCUGAUUAUCUCAUAUCACCCCAUAUCCCAACCACUAUCAUAUGUCUCACAAUCCCAGACUCUCGCGUUCCUCCCUCAAAAUUCAGGCUCCUUGUCACCUUCCCAAAGUUUCUGCUACCCACCGUCCCUAUGUACAUCCCUCAUUCCCUCAUAUACCCCAAAAUUACUUGGAUGGGGAUACAUGCUGGAAAUUUUCCUCAGAGAAACAUUGAUGAGACAGUUAUUUUGACCUCCAGAAGAAAACCCUGAAUUGGAUGCUUGGACCAUGCCAUGAGGUGACCAGGUGACCUAACACUCACAAAUAAAACUCUUCCCGUUUACAAUGGUGCUGGUGAAUCUCAGCGACUUCUGGUGGGUGGUUAACGAAACAAGGAAAACAACUAAAUACUUUGUUAAUCACUAUUUAUGGCAAAUGAUAAUCAAAAGCAAUAGCCUGUAACCUCUCUUUGGAUUUAGAGGCAGAACUGAGGCGAGGUGAGGCUGAGAACGAGGAAGAUCCGAGGUUCGAUCAAUGUAAGCACCAGGCUGAAUUGGAAAGGUCAGGUGCAAAUCGAAUCGAGGCGAUGGGGUCCAUGCUUCAGAGCGUAUCGAAGCGACUGAACCUGAUGUUUGGACGGCGCUAAUUUAAGUCACAAACCGGAUCAGAAAGUCGGUUACAAUCCGAUUCGAGGCACGGGGGUUCGCGCCCUGGAGUACAUCGAAGAGACCGAACCCGAUGUUUGGACAAUGACUUAAGCGCCGAGCCAAAUUGGAAAGGUCGGGCCCAGGCCAAAUUGAAGCGGCGGGGUCCAGGCCUAAGACUGUAGCAAAACAACAGAAUCUGAUGUUCGGACGAUGUUUUAGACGCUAGGCCAGAUUGAAAAGGUCAGGGUGUCGGGGCUUGAGGUGAGGGAUGGGCUCUGUGCUGAACUAAGUUUCUGGGAAUGGACUCUCUUUGUGGACUUCAGUUCUGAAAGCUAUAUGCUUGUGUUUAUUGUUUGCAUGAUUUG